GCACACCGGCGCAGCUGGGGAUCCCUCCGGAGCCGCCGCUCCCUUUCCUCCUGCACAGCCGCAGGUGCUGCCGGCGGCCGUUCCAGCGCGUCAGCCAACCACCAGCGUGGGUGUGCAGACGCCGAGGUAACCUCUGGCUGGCAAGCCUUCUCGUUUACCAGCAGCGGACACAAUAGGCGCCUACUGUCCACAGUCCUGUCUGGUUCGACAGCGCAGAGAAACUCGACCGGCACCAGAAGGUAUUGUGCCUCUACCUCAACUGCUGCAGGAUACUCAACUGCCUUGGAUCAGUGCAGUUCUAGGCGACAGAGACCAGAGGAACAUUCUGCUGUGCAGCCCCCUCAUUUGCCAACGCUGGGACAAAUCUAUAUCUGUCCUCAGUCGCAGCUAGCUCAACAGCCAGUGCUGACAAACUCAAUCGGCAGCAGAAGAUCUUGUGUGUCUGCUCAACGCUGGGACAAAUCUAUAUCUGUCCUCGGUCGCAGCUAGCUCAACAGCCAGUGCUGACAAGCUCAAUCGGCAGCAGAAGAUCUUGUGUGUCUGCUUCAGUUAAUGUCCAAGAGUGUCUGAGGCCGCAAUUGUCAGUUAGACAGUGAAGUUGGACUGAGAUUGGAGCAACAUACAGCGGUACAGUACUGACAUCUACUAUCGUUGACCGUCCUGUGCCCAGAUUGUACUGACAAACUCUACCUGCACCAUAUGCUCUUCUGUGUCCGCACCAACUGAUGUCCAAGGUUGGCUAAGUCCGAUGGUGCCAAAUGCCGAAGGAAGACAGUCUGUUAAAGCCCAAGGUGAAUUCGCAAAGUACCAUUGGACGGCAGAGCUCAGAGUGGCACUAGAAGUUCAUCCUCCUCUUCAAAAUCAGGUUACGACGAGUGUGCAUCUUUACAGAGAGGACACCUCAGGCUUGAGGAUGAAACACGUCCACAGAAUCUAGUCGCAGAUUAGUACUGAGAGACAGAGAUCUGCGUGUGUUGUCUUCAUAUCUACCAGCGCCAAGUGAAAUUAUUCGAAUAGCGUCUAGUUGGCAAUCUAGACCAUCAUCGCAAACUUUUUGUGUAUCUCAACUGAUGUCCAAGGAUGACCAAAACCUUUGGUACUAAUGAGACAUAAUCAGCCUGCUACAGUUAAAAUCGAAUUCAAUUGUAAAGUUGGACGACAGAAGCCAGAGCACGUGUGAAAGUCCAUCCUUAUUUUCAACAGUAGAUUGCAAUGGAUGUGCGUCCUCAUGAAGAGUGGAUCUGGAACGAGUGAGUCCUUACAGCGCACUUGCACAAAGCUGACAAUCUCAACCAACGCUAGACAUUACUGAACUGAUAGCGUAUGACAACUCAGACCACUGGUCUUCCAGAGAUCAACGAUAGUCUCAUUAUUCUUGACAGAAAGAUACAUCAGAAAUGUGUAUCAGCUACGCCCAGAUGACAGCAGAUGUUGGAAUUGGACAGUGUUCCAGUGGUUCCACGGUAGCUUUUCAGUGUGUGAUCUCGAAUAAAGCCAGAACUUUUCAUGUCCCAUUCCCAGCUGAUGUCUGAGAGCAACUGUGAAUAACACAGGUCCAAAUAAAAAGCUCCAGGGAAGGACUGUAGGCUUCUCUCUCCAUCUGCGCACUGACAGGUUAUGACUUUAGUAGCCCAACUGGUCUUGUUAACUUAUUAGGAUCAGUAAGGCUCGCCACUCAUUCUGGGACAGGCCACUUACAGGAAGAACAGUACACCUUAUUCUGCCAAAGUCCAAUGAUAGACGUCUAGUAUCUAGAAUCUGCAAUAACUUUCGAUACCGUCCCAAAUGCAUCAUAGGCCCAUCGUCCAUCUUAUCUGUAUAUUCACUGGGAAUGCUGAGUAGGAUCGAGUGUGAACAUCACUCUUCUACUGUCUAUAGAGUGAAAACACCACUAGUGCUAUUCCAGAUCAAUACGUAGUGACUAAGGCGCAACUUAUGAGUGUUACCUUCAAUCAUCAGAAAGCGAAAGUAGUUGGUGCUUCUGGUUGCUGGUUGCACCAGAUGGUCUGGGUUUAAGUGAAUGCCUACAAGAACAGUAUUGAUUAUCAAGUUGACCGCUGGGCUGAGGAAUCUGAUCGCUAUCAAGGAAAGGCAUCCACUCCAUUUCGAGCCCACAUGUAACUGUAGGAUACGAUUCUGGCAGCUGUAAUAGCUCCUCCUGUUAGCCCAUACUAUAUAACGAAUGAGAUUUGCUUUUAUCGUGGAAUGUUUUCGCCAGCUGAACAAAGGAAACUGUGACCUUUUCUCAACCGGUGCUGUGUAGUUUAUGGAAAUAUUAAUCUAGUCAUAAGGACGGAAGAAAUCUGUCAGAUUCCCACUGACUGGCCGAGAAGGCUCACUAUCGCUUUUACUUAAGAAAAACUGUGUUUAGAGAGUGCAGUUACGUAAAUGUUGGGCUUUUUGGCUGGUUUUCUUGGCUAAAUAAUAACUGUUCUCUGGUAUUAGACUCUGAAGAUCUGCGAUUCCACCUUAGUUCUUGGUUGAUGUUACUAUGCUACCCCACUCACCGGAAGCUGGAAUGAAUGGGGAAGAAUAAGUAGCUUUGUUGCCUCUAGUUCAUCAGCACAGUGUCACGAGCUCGACACUUUGAAAAUAUUACCUCACAGACAUUCCAAGCGAAUAUAGCAUUUUGGCCUGACGAGAGUUAUAACAGUACAAAACUGGAAGCACCAAGAGGAUCUACGAGGAUUCACGGAAGGUCCAUUGAACUUUCUACUCCGGUAUAUUUUGUUAAGUCGGCCGCUUUAUUGGUAAAAAAAAACAACAACAAAGAAUUGAAUGUUCCUCCUAGCGUUAGCUAGGAAGAUUUAAAUACUAUUGAACUGGUUUUUUUUUAUGACAAGAGAAAUUAGAUCCUGAAGUUGAAAUCUGUGCCGGUUUAGUGAAAAAGGUUUUGAGUGCUUCGCCCACUCAAACAUAAUGGCGUUGCGCCAUGUAAAACAUUUAGAGGAUUGCAGUUAUCCAACGUAGAUGUUUAAUUUCAGCACGCAAAUUCUCACCUAAGUGAUUUAAACCAUGUUCUGUUAAAAUUUGGAAGGCAGAGAGUAGUAUUUUACUUUGUAUUACUCUUACGGGCAGCUCAUACAAUCGGACUUGGUUGGUACGUCAGCUGCAAUGAGACGCAGCUGAUGGGCACCUCAACACACUGUGCGAGCUUGUUCUAUGAAAAAAUAUACUGCAAAAAUAGCGCAAAAACAAUCUAGUAUUCGUGUUGGAGGAAAUACUCUCGAACUAGGUGCAAGAAUACCUUUUCGAGUAGUUUGUGAUUAUUUGUCCUGUCAGAUCAGCAACCAGUGCCGUUUCCCGUCUUGACGUAAUACAAACUGGAAAAUGGCUGCCAGCUUCCUGAAGAUGGUUCUCCGUCGCCAUUGCCGGCUGGACGCUGGGUGCCGCAGUCAGUUCUCUGUUCCGGCUCUCGUCUCGUUUCUGGUGAUGGUGCUGCUGACAACUCAUCCAUCGUCUGCGACGAGACUGCCUUUGGGCGACGGCGUGGAGAUUGCAGACUCUCGUUUAUUGCAACGUCAGAAUAUCAUGGAGGGACAUCUUCACACAGACUCGACACCGACUGAUGACGCUGAACUUUUGCUGACACUAUUACCUGUUGGGGAGACUGAACUACCAGAUAAGAGGUUCUUACAUGAAGUUAGAGAAGGGGACCGUGGUCCACACUUACAUGAUCGAGCUCCAAGCCUAACUGGUAAGGACGAAGAAGAGCUUCAGCCUUCUCUAAACGAGUACAAAGUCUCAAAGAAACCCUAUCGUAAGAUACUGGAUGGCCAUGGUACAAUGGUCGAGCAGUUACACACAACAGUCUGGGAUUCAAAUAAACUUGUGAAUGAUGACAAUCCAGCUGAUGCUGAAGGUGAGGGGAACAGUAACCACGAUUCUCCAGAUCAAGAAAUGGCAGAGUCUGUUUCCUCUGGCGAACACGAGGAGAGUGAGAUCAAACGUUCUGUUCGUCUGCCACGUUCCCCAGUUACAAAUCGUGACUUCCUCGGAUUUUUCUCCAGCCCAAACGGAUAUGGAGUGGAUGAAGCACAAGAACAGAGACCCUUUCAUGUGUCAACUGGCUAUGACAGUUCAGAAGCAAGUGUCCACACGUACGUGGUAAAUAAUCAGCAGCAGUACCUACAGGAAGGGCAGCGGAAUAUACAUACACCCCAAAAUACACAUGCCAGUGCGUUUACAGAAGCACUGUACCCGCUACACCAGAGAAACUUGUUACAAAUUCGUAACGGGAGAGAAAACAUCCUCCCUCAGACCACACUUGGAGGAAGGGCAUCGUUUGGAAAUGGAGAAUAUGCUCAUUCCGCUUUAGGCAGUGAAUAUAUUAAAAAUACAUUCCCCGCAAAUCUUAGGAACUACGUUUCCCAGGCAAAUGUUUCCCAGAAAAAGACACUGCAGAAUAAGAAGAGGGAUUUGUCACGACAACAUGUCACUCUCGGGGAGAAUGUGGAGCCUGGAACAUCACAGAAGCCUACAUUGUACAGAUCUGCUGCAUUGGAGGAGUUCAACAGAAAUGACCGUCCUAUUUUGGAAAACGCUAUCACGAAAAUGGUUAUGGGAGGAGAAGGGCAAUGGGAUAGAAUUGUCACAGAUCAUUUCUCUAAGCUGUUCCAGCCAGUAUCACAAAACGAGGCAGUGAGCCUCUCUUCACAUCACAGCGUUCCACUAGCUGUGUCUGAACAAGUGGCGUCCAUCCUGCCGAUAGACGACAAGCCGUCUGAAUACGACCACACGACAGUCUCUGAACCACAUGUUGAAGAUGUGGGUGGUUCUAUAGAUGAGGGAGCCCUUGUUCUCGAGACCAGCGACCAACAGAGAUUUUGGUUGGAGGGAGAAGGUAGUCUACUGCAUGAUAACAUCUUCAGCAGAUCUGAUUACCAGAGUGGACUGAAUCCAGUUAUGGAACCCCAUGUGGGGAUCAGGAUCUUUAAGAGAUCAGUGGGCACUGAACGAUUAAGGAAAGGUGGUGUUGCUCACUUGGUUAAAAUGAUGCAAGAAGGGGCUGACAGUCAUACCUCAGCAGCGCUGUCUAAGAGGUCUCCUCUGUCUACUGGCUAUGUUGCUGGCAUCACUGCUGAUGUGGACCACCACCAGCACCACGAGCACAUGGCCGUGGCAGCGGCUGGUGCUGCUCAUCACCACCACACUAUUCCUCCGGCUGUCAUCCUAUCGUCAGGACAUCACCACAGCGGCGACACAGCCCACCACCUGGUAUCGAAAUCUGAAACCACAGUAGGGGGUAGCGCCGGCGGCGCCAGCAACGGUCGCGGUCCGAACCAGGAGGACUCUGGGCCUGGUGCUUUGGUGGUGCUGCAUCCACCACAGCCGCUGGUCGCAGCGCACGCUGAUGACGACACCAUACACGUCAUCGCCGCAGUGCCGUUCGCCGUCGCCCACCACCACGAACUGCACCACGAGGCAGACCACGUGCUGUCGAAGAGCACCACGCUGACCCUAGCCCAGCACGACAGCGACCCACACGUGCUGGCCAAGACGACGACGGUCACCACGGUGACGCAGCACGACAACGCGCCACUGCUCGUGGUGCACGCACCGGACGCUCCCGUGGUGCUGCUUCACCACCCAGCUGCAUCCCAGUCCUCGACGUCGACCACGACUGUGCACAAGCCGCCAGUCACACACAACCUGCUCCGCGUGCCCCUCGGUGGCUUCGGAGUCGGGGUCACAUUCGGCGGCGCCGGGGCGGGACACGGCUUCUAUGCAGCAGGGUGACACACUCGCUGCCUCUGACUCCAUAAAAAGUGUUCGAGAUUACGAUUUAAUCUGUUUAUGUAGAACAUCCAUCCAAUAAACAGCAGAUUCUCUGGGGUGAUAUGUAACCAGACAUUAAUUUGUUUAGGAAAUUCGCACGAAAACUAUUUUGAGAGUAGUCUUAUCAAUGUUUUUCACGUCUGUUGUUGUUGUGGUCUUCAGUCCUGAGACUGGUUUGAUGCAGCUCUCCAUUUUACUCUAUCCUGUGCAAGCUUCUUCAUCUCCCAGUACCUAUUGCAGCCUACAUCCUUCUGAAUCUGCCCCCCAAAUAGCAAAACUCCUUUACUACUUUGUCUCAUUUCCCAAUCUAAUUCCCUCAGCAUCUCUUGGUCUCCUUCUACGAUUUUUACCCUCCACGCUGCCCUCCAAUACUGAAUUGGUGAUCCCUCGAUGUCUCAGAACAUGUCCUACCAACUGAUCCCUUCUUCUAGUCAAGUUGUGCCACAAACUCUUCUCCCCAAUUCUAUUCAAUACCUCCUCAUUAGUUAUGUGAUCUACCCAUCUAAUCUUCAGCAUUCUUCUGUAGCACCACAAUUCGAAAGCUUCUAUUCUGUUCUUGUCUAAACUAUUUAUCGUCCACAUUUCACUUCCAUAUAUGGCUACACUCCAUACAAAUACUUUCAGAAACGACUUCCUGACACUUAAAUCUAUACUCGAUGUUAACAAAUUUUCUUCUUCAGAAACGCUUUCCUUUCCAUUGUCACUCUACAUUUUAUAUCCUCUCUACUUCGACCAUCAUCAGUUAGUUUGCCCCCCAAAUAGCAAAACUCCUUUACUACUUUGUCUCAUUUCCCAAUCUAAUUCCCUCAGCAUCGCCCGAUUUAAUUCGACUGCAUUCCAUUAUCCUCGUUUUGCUUUUGUUGAUGUUCAUCCUAUACCCUCCUUUCAAGACACUGUCCAUUCCGUUCAACUGCUCUUCCAAGUCCUUUGUUGUCUCUGACAGAAUCACAAUGUCACCGGCGAACCUCAAAGUUUUUAUUUAUUCUCCAUGGAUUUUAAUACCUACUCCGAUCUUUUCUUUUGUUUCACGUCUAACUAUCGACAUUUAUAGAAAUCUGAAGCGAAGAAGUCGUCUCCUACAUGCGAAAUUCUAAUUGAAAGUGAGUGACAACAAACUUGAAGGCCAAAACUAGUUGUGUGUAGUGAAACAAAUUUUACAUCUGGAACUACUUUCUUACCUAAUAUCUUAAUAAGGCAGUUACUCCUCUUAUAGGAACUGCCUUCAAUUGCAAUCUUUGCUGCAUGCUAUGAAAUCACACAGAAAAUAUAAAUGAAGAAGCUCAGGGAGUUCAAUCGACAAAGCACAAACACACCCUCUAUAACUUGCCAUAACUAGAGCUGAUCAGAGGCCUACAUAGUUCAGAGCUGGUUAGCGCCUGAGGAACGGACUCAUCCUACACUUUAUAUACUUAACUGACACGUCAUAGGCAGCCCGCGACACAUUUGUGAACAGUAGCUGCGUCAAGGCUGCAAAAAAUGUGACGCUACUGCUGUAUGUGCCAGUUCAAUGUGUUACCAGUGUUGCACUCGGAAAUAUGGUGAAUGAGAUGGAAAUAACAAAAGUAGAAAUUCCCUGGUGUAAAAGGUGGAAACUCAGUGAAAAAACACAUAUGGAAAACUACGGACUUGAAUUUUUUAUGGUUUGAAGUACUGCUACAGUGUACUACAAGAAAAUUGCACAACUGAAACGCUUCAACUUGAAGCAUGUGAGAAUGACAAAUGUUUUCUUUGAUGUUAAGUAUUGUUAUUUU